AUGAAAGGCUUGGUGAGCACUAGGGCGGAUUCGAACCUCCGAUCGAUCGUGGAGGAAGCGGAACCUCUAACCGCUACACCACACCCGUCCCUUGAAACUCUUGAACAAAUACGUCAGAGUGGAGCUGCACGAGCUGAAGGCAGCCAUACAGACACAACGGCGAGGCGUAACAGAGAAGCGAUAAAGAAAAACGCCAAAAAGAGAAGAGCAGCAGCGCUGGCUGAAGCUGCAGAGGCGGGCAAAAGCAUUCGCUCUGUACCUAGCAACUUCGUCAAUCACACACGUACGUUUCCAUCGGAAGCGGCCAUCGAAGAUCUGAUGAUGCAAGCCAAGAAGAUUAAGUACGACGUCAUUGGACUGACCGAGACGAGACGACGUCAUCCUCUCAACGCCGUAUAUGAAACUGGAGAAGAACUGUUCUUAGGAACAUGCGACAGUAGAGGUGUUGGUGGGGUUGGCGUCCUCGACAGCACGAGUAUGGCAAAGAACAUCGACUCUUUCGAACAACUAACGACCCGAAUCGAACGUCUGCGGAUGAGAUGUGGUCUAACACCAGCAUUGACCAUUUUCGUUGCUUACGCUCCAACAUCAAGAUACGAUGAAGAAGAAGUCGAAGCUUUCUAUAUGGACCUGGAAAAGUUCUACCGAGAAGAUCAUGCCUUCUACAAGGCCAUGAUUGGCGAUUUCAACGCCAAAGUUGGCCCAAGAAGAACGCCCGAGAAUCUUCACAUCGGGACCCACGGCCUACAACGGAAUGACCAGGGGGAGAGGCUCUCCGAGUUAAUCAUGACGACUAAGAACAUCCAUGGAAACUCGCAAUUCCAGAAGCCCUCUUCUCUACGCUGGACCAAAAGGUUCUGCCUGACGGACGUCGCUGUUGUGCCAAAGUUCUAUGCGGGAUCGGACCGUCGCCUUCUCCAAGGAAGAUUUUCCUUCACAAGGAGAGCAGAGAAAGCAGCCAAGUUCAGAGGGAAAAAUCCCAGGAUUAUCAUCAACUGGGAUCUCUUCGCUACCUUAGCCGGCUUUUGGGAAGAUCCCGCAAUGGACAACAUCGACGAGGAAUAUGACUGGCUCGUUGAACAUCUUCACGACUGCACGAAGAAGGCUGAGAGUUCUAAAACCACCAAGAGAUGCCUGUCUCUUGGAAUUCUUGGGCUGAUACGCCAGCAUGGAGCAGUACGAGCCGCAGGGAAACAAGAACUCUCGUACGAGUUCGCAAGGCUUUGCAGAGAGGCGAUAGAGGAGGACCUUAAAGAGAGAAGGGCAGAAGUGCUGGCUGAAGCUGCAGAGGCGGGGAAAAGCAUCCACUAUGCCCGUCGAGACUUCGCCAGUCGCAAGACAAGGACGACUGCUCUCCGGAACCCGAAGGGAACAACCAUUGCAUCGAGGAGGAUGGAGAAAAUUAUCUACGACUUCUACUCUGAUCUCUUCGACAGCCAUAACCCUCCGCCAGUACUCAUCAACACCUUGGCAGAGCUCUUUACACGUUACCUGUCGGAGUUCAAGGUUCCUAAACAGUGGAAGACCAGCAAAACCGUAGUGACCCUUAAUGGGAUAGAAAAAGUCUUGGAUGAAGGACAGCCAUGCGAGCAAGCAGGGUUUCGAAAAGGAUUCAGCACGAUUGACCACAUUUACACUCUUUCGAAACUCAUCGAGGUAUCACGAGAGCACAAGAUGCCGCUCUGUCUCACCUUCAUCGACUUGAAGAAGGCCUUCUACUCAGUUGAGACGGAAGCGGUCAUGACAAUCUCAGUACAUAAAGCCACCCUCGAGAACGCAAUGCAACAGUUGGAAUGGGACGAGAUGGGAGUGAAGGUUGAUGGUCGGCAGCUACACCAUUUUCGCUUUGCUGAUGACGUCGUGCUGAUAACACCUAGCAUCAGCCAAACGGAACGAAUGCUGACCGAAUUCGACGAAACAUGUGGAUGCAUCGGUCUUCAGCUGAAUCUACAAAAGACAAUGUUCAUGCGGAACGGAUGGGUCUCGGAUGCCCCAUUCACGCUCAACGGAAGGAUCAUAUCCGAAUGCACCAGCUACGUUUAUCUGGGUCGGGAGUUGAACAUGACGAACAACCUGACCCCGAGCUGGGCAAGAGGAGGCGAGCGGCUUGGGGAGCGCGAGAAGACCAGGAACACCCGGCUCCGUCCUCACCUCUUCAACACUACCGUACUUCCUGCUUUGACCUAUGCUUCGGAAACCUGGACAUUCGCAGGCACGAAGAAAACGCGCGCACUACAGGAACAACGCCGAUCCGAUGGUCAGAUUUCUUCACGAAGUCCUUCAAAGAAAAUUAUAAUGCUGUUCGUGUCCUACGCGAAAGGAGUAACUGUUGGACGACUCUGGCACGUGAUCGGGACAAAUGGAAGAAUUACUGGCGCCCGCUCGAUCGGUUCAGAGUUCAACGGGAGUCAAUGUGAUCAAGGUGUUCAGCUCUUUAUAGGAGUGAUAAUUGACAAUAUUGAAAACGUUUUAGACGGGAGCAAGCAGAGUUCCGAAAAAAAAUCCAGUACUAUUGAAAACAUUCACGCAUUCAUUUCCAAACUCACCGAGGUAUCACGAGAGUAUAUGAUGCCGCAAUUUCUCACCUUUAUAGACUUAAAGAAGGCUUUCGACUCACCUGAGACGGAAACGGCCUUCGACAAUCUAGGCUUUCCUUCUCAGAAGGUACUUCGAGAGUUGUAA